AUGGCUGGUUCUGGCUUCUGGUAUCGAUUGCAGUGGGGUGAGAGGGGUGGGCUGGUGGGGUGUGGCCCCGGAAACUUGUGCCCUCCCAUUCGCCCGCCAGCCCAGCUUUUGAGGGACCACAGAUACAUGCCAAUUCUGCUUCGGUUCUCAGCGUCCCACGACCACCAAGUCGCGGUACUUUGCCCGAACUCAGAACACCCUCUUCACCCGCACACCUCCCACCCUUUAUGUGCCUUUUUUCUGCUGCACCUGCCAUCCCGCCCACGACUAUCACAGGUCUCCCAAGUAUCCCUACUGCCUGAAGACGGCCCCGCGGUCCUGAACCGACGGCAUCAUGUCUUCGUAGGAAACGGAAAUGCGGCGGGCGGACCUUUCACCUCUAGAGGUAUCGUCAACUUCCUCUUCUCCGUAAAUGUCCCCUGGGAAACUCCUCUUCCGCUUCCACUUGGGUGGUUUUGUUAUGUCAACCCUAGUCUCCAAGACUGA